AUGAAUGCAAAUUGCUCAGAAAUAGACAUUUUGACCUGGAAUAACAGUAUGAAACUGCACAAAGAAAUCUUUAGUCCAGUCUUGGCAUAUGUGUCAAUGUGUAUAUCCAUAUUUGGUACAGCUACCAACUGUCUUGUUACCAUCAUCCUUGCAUUUAAAUUCAAAAGGAACUCAUCCACCACUUAUAUUUUGAAUCUUUCAAUGGCUGAUACUUUUUUUCUUUUAUGUUUGACAAUUCUAGAUAUAAUACACGUUUUUUUAGAUAUGAUACCCUUGUCUGACCCCAUUCAGAUUAUUAAUGUUAUAUUUGCAUUUUCUUUUAUUUGUAUCUUUGGAUAUAAUGCCAGUUUGUGUAUUCUUACAGCUUUUAGUGUUGAACGAUGUCUUUCUGUCCUUUACCCUAUCUGGUAUCAUUGUAAAAGACCUCAACAUCUUUCUGCUGUUAUGUGUUGCAUUAUUUGGAUUUUUACAUCACUGUUCACUGUUCUUGAGUUUUUAUUUUGUUACAGAGUAGAAUACAAACUCCAAUACCAGCAAGAAAUGUGUGAUGCUGAAUGUAAGGUUUUUUUUGUAAUUAUAUGCUGUAUUAAUUUUAUAAUCUUUACUCCAUUCAUGACUUUGUCAAGUCUUAUUCUCCUUAUCAAGAUUUGGAGCAAUUCUAAACGACAACAGCCACCAAAGUUAUACAUUGUGGUCACUUUGUCUGUUUUUUUCUUUCUAGUGUUUGGCAUUCCAAUGAGAAUUCUAUUACUGAUAUGGUACAGACAUCAAAGCAUGCCACCUUUCCCUAUCACAAAUCUUGUUUGUUUAUUUGGUGUCUUGUAUAGCAGCAUAAAUCCGUUUAUUUAUUACUUUGUUGGUCGUAAAGGUACAGAUGUUAAAAAGUUAAAUUUUCUAGUAAUUCUUCGUGGAGCUUUUCAUGAAGAAAGAAGUCAAUGUAAAAGGAAUCAAAAAAAUGAAAUAAUAUCAACUGGCACAAUAAUGUGA